AUGAAGAUUUAUGAUAAUAAUUUUUAUUAAAAUGAAUAAAAGUUUUAAAACAUACCCUUCCUUUGCUGUUUUUUAAGUAGAGCAAUCAAAAUCGAAUAGGUAAUAUUGAUAAGUAUAACAGUUUGAACAAAGAUUACUCUAUGUUUAUCAUAACUCAGUUUAUGAUUUGUCAGAUUUCAUAGAAAAACAUCCUGGAGGAAGAGGUCCUUUAAAUACAUAUAAAGGCAGAGAUUUAGAAAAUGUAUAAUAUUUUGAUUAGGUUUUAGAUAUUUUUCAAUCCUGCAAUACAUAAACAUAGCUAAUCAGCAUUAUAUACAUUAGAGAGAUAUAAAUGUGGAAUAAUAGAGAACAAACCUCUUUAAUAAUAAUGUUAAUAAUAAUAAUCAAUGUUAGGUUCAAAAUCAACUAAUGUUUCGUAAUCAAUUAUAACAAAUAAAUCGUAAAAAAAUACUCCAUAAAAAAAUGAUCCUGAAAAAAAGCAUUAAUAAAAAUCAUAAUCAGUAAAACCUAAAGCACCAUAACAAGAAGAUCGACUUAAUCAAUCUAUGAGCAAAUUAAAUCAAUCAAUGACUAGCAGUGUUAAAUCUUAAUUUUUACUUAUUCCAACAUAAUAGGAAAUACUGAUGAUUUAAAAAUAGAAAUAGUAGAAACUUAUAAAACAGUGGAAACAAUCAGAAAUUGAUGAAUUAAAAAGACAAUAAGCAGAAGUAGAGUAAUUGAGAAUUGAAAAAAAUGAAGAUAGAAAAACUUAAAGUGAAAUUUUGGUUUCUGCUCCAAAAAAAUUAACAAACCCUUAUUAUUUAGCAUGGCUUGAAAAAUAAUAAUAGCAAGAAUAAUAAAAAAAAGAAGAAUCAAAAUAUACUAACAUUCUACCAGCUUAUCUAACAUAAUCAAUUGAUUAAUAAUUUAUUAAAUAAGAAGAUACGAAAAUCUAAUAAAUAAAUUAUGAUAUUGAAAAAAAGAAAUAAUACGAUUAAAAAUUGUCUUAAUCAGUAAUAGUAGAAAAAACUUAAAAAAAAGUUAAUCCUUAUUAUGAAGAAUGGAAGAGGAGAUAAAGUUUAAAAAGCUAAGAAUCAUAAAAAGAAUUAAUUUUAAAUGAAGUUAAUAAAUUAUCAAAAUAACAAUCAAUCAUUUUAGAAGAAAAUGAAUCUUAGAUCUCAGGAUAACCAUCAUCUAUGAAUAAUAGUUUUUAGAGAUCAUAUUCAAUGAGUUAAAGAACAAUUAUAUAAGAGGAUCUUUAAUUGAGUGUUCCUGUAUUUUCUCCCAAAUUUAUCUCACCUAUUAAGGCUAAAUUUAUUAUUAGUUCUAGUAUGAAAAAACUAUGA